UCAGAUAAACCGGAAGUAAACAAUGUCUUUGUUAUGUCGUGCAAACUCGGUAGUUAUUUUUGGAGAAUGAGUAAGAAUUGCACUUGUCAGGUGUAAAUAACAACAGGAGAAAUGGGCAACAAAGAGACCAUUGUUUGUCCUGACUGCAUUUCAAAAUAAACUUGAAAGAUACUCAGGGCUGUAGUGCUGCAUACUAGUGCUGUACCAAUGGGUCGAGGGAAUCGGGCUUCCUCUGAUGACCAGCAGGUCAGUUUCGAGGCCGCGGACCACGGAGACAGUGUCCUGGCGGGUCUGAAGCAUCUCCGAGAAAAGCAACAAUUGUUUGACGUCACUUUUCUUGUGGAGGGUCAGACAUUCCAAGCUCACAGAGUAGUGCUGGCGUCUUGUAGUGAUUACUUCAGAGCCAUGUUUACUGAUGGGCUGGUUGAGUGUCAGAGAGAGACAAUACGACUGAAUGGAGUAACAGCAAAUGGAAUGAAAAAUCUAAUCGAUUUUGCUUAUUCAUCCAAAUUACUAUUGGAUUUUGACAACGUGGAGGACAUUCUUUUGUCGGCCAAUCAUGUCCAGAUGUUGCCAGUCCUUCAAGCCUGCUCCGACUUCCUCAAACAACACCUUAGCAUUGAGAAUUGUAUAGACAUGCUCAGACUGACAAAUCUGUUGUGUAUUAGAAAAUUGAAAUCCAAUGUACUCAAGUUUAUGUGUUCCAACUGGACCAAAGUGUCCAUCACUCCCGAGUUCUGCACCAAGAUGACCGCUGACCAAUUCUUAAGUGUACUGAAGAGUAAUUUUCCCAUGAACUGUUCUGAAACAGAUGUGUUAUCCACAGUGGUAACCUGGACCAGGUAUGAUCUAAACUCAAGACAGCAGCAUUUCUUGCCAUUGCUGAAACUUAUACAAGUAGAAAACAUUUUAAAAUCAACUAUUUGCACUAUGCCAUAUAAGGUUGAAUUUGACCACCUACUUGCUCCACAUCCAAACUUUCAGAGCCAUUUCUAUGAUUCUUGCCAUGAUUUCAGUGCUGGUUUACUUGACUCAGGGCUGGUCAAUAACAGGGGGUUUACAAAAGCUUUAAUCUGUGUUGGCGGAUUUAGUCCCAAUGGUGGAAUGACCAAUGACCUUCGGUUUUACAAUCCAGAAACCACCUCUUGGAAAACUUUAACAACCAUUCCACAUAUCAAACAGUGCAAUUUUGGCUUAACAGUAUUAAACAGUGAAGUAUUUGUUGUUGGGGGUUGCUACAAUGAUCAAAUUCAGGAAGUUGUUCAUCAAUACGGAUUCAGAUAUAAUCCAGAAAAAGACACUUGGAAAAGUAUAGCACCCAUGACCUUGGAGAGGUGUCGAUUUUAUCUUGGUGCUCUUGGGGGGAAAUUAUAUGCCAUAGGGGGAGAUCCUUCAGCAAGCAUUGAUGUAUCAUUAGACUCUGCCCCAUGUGAAUGUUUUCAUCCAGAGGAAAACAAAUGGACCACCAUUUCCUCUCUGCCCGGAAAUCGCGCCCAACAUGCAGGAGUGGUGUUUGAAGAUGCGCUGUAUAUUUCCGGCGGUCUUCAAGACACAGACGAAGAGUUUUACACCAGUUUCUAUAAAUAUGAUGCAACAUCCGACAACUGGACUGAACUGGCUCCCAUGCUAACAGCAAGAGCAGACCACGCCAUGUUUAUUUACCAGGGACAUAUUUACGUGGUGGGAGGAUGGCACGAGAAUCAGAAUCAACAGCGAAUCAUGGUGGCUGAUCUGGAUCGCUAUGACCACGUGACAGACAGUUGGGAAACUCUAAUUACCCUCCCAGACCCUCGUUUAUAUGCCUCCCACACGAUACUGAACAACACAUUGCACAUUGUUGGCGGAUGGAUCAACGGAAACUACCAACGUAAGGCCCAAUCAGUGCAGACGAUAGAUAUGGAAACUCUUGCCAUUACCACAAAAGCGAUGUCCAAUAUGGAGGUCUGGGAACAUGGCGCCUGCUCGCUUUACAUUCCUCAGUGUAGAAUGAGCGAAAGUUGAUUGAAUGUGGUUUUCAGUUACAUAUACCGGUAUUUCAAGAAUCUCAUUCAGUAAGAUAUUAGACAACCACCAUGCAGAUAUAUUUUUUUUCUUUGUUUUGUCGUAUGCACAUUGAUACGUUAUGUGUACGUGUUUAUACCAGAGGGUAUUUUUAAAAACAAAAAUAGCAAUUUUUAUGCACUUUAUGUUUUUGAUAUCAAUUUUUAUGGUUAUUUUUCUAAGAAUGUUUUCUUGUUUGAAAUCCGAUUUUACGGUGUAACGUUCUUUUAGAGUGGUUUUAUCAAUAGACAUUAUGGAACACAUAUCAAGUCUUAAU